CUACAACGCUUCAUAACGGGGGGUCUGACCAGAAAAUGAAAUGUUAAAUGAAAAACAUUUUCUUUUAAGUUUUACUCAGUUUAUAUGGCCUGGGGAUCUCCUUUGUGGUCUUGUAUAAUGUAUUUGUAUGUUUACACAGAAUGUGAGUGUAUUUACGGGGAACUGCCCAAAGGACAGCGGCUCCCCAUCACUCAAGACCCUCUGCUUCCUGUCCUUAUAUGGCCAGAGGACUAACCCCCCCCCUCCAGAGGGGCAGCUGAUGGAGGGUAUAAAACUCUGACAGGACUUCCUCACUUCGCGCUUCAUCCCUUGGUCUCCAUCUCUUUCUCCGUCUCCCACACUUACCUGUUCAAGCCAAUGGCCCCCAAGAAGCCUGAGCCCAAGAAGGAGGCAGCAGCCCCCCCACCACCCGCGGAACCAGAGAAACCCAAGGAACCGGAGUUCGACGCCAAGAGUGUCGCUAUUGAAUUUAAUGCUGAUCAGAUUGAUGAGUUUAAGGAAGCCUUCAUGCUGUUUGACCGAACAGCUAAUGGCGAAAUGAAGAUCUCGUAUGCUCAGUGUGGUGACGUCAUGAGGGCACUGGGUCAGAACCCCACCAAUGCAGAGGUCAUGAAAGUACUGGGCAAACCCAAACCUGAAGAGAUGAACACUCUGAUCGACUUUGAGACCUUCCUGCCCAUGUUCCAACACAUCUCCAAGGCAAAGGAUAGGGGCACAUUUGAGGACUUUGUGGAGGGGCUGCGUGUUUUCGACAAGGAGGGCAAUGGCACAGUAAUGGGAGCAGAGCUUCGUCAUGUGCUUGCCACACUGGGUGAGAAGAUGUCAGAGGGAGAAGUGGACCAGUUGAUGGGAGGACAGGAAGAUGGCAAUGGCUGCAUCAACUAUGAAGCAUUCGUGAAACACAUCAUGGCCGGCUGAAGGAAUGACACGAUCAUGCUGGUUUUUAUAACUCAU